CUCUUCCUUCUCUUCUACCACAACUUCUUCGAAACAAAGAGGUGAAGUUAUAGAACUGAAUUCUCUGGAUAAAAAACGUGAAUAAAUCUCAUGGAUGUAGACGACACCCGACCAGUAGGAUCCUCUGGAUAUCAAGAGAUGAUAAUAGAUCUUAUUGAGGAUCAAGAUCCAAAUACCACGAUCCAUAAUACACAGCUACUAAUAGAAAGUGGAGGUACCGAAAGGGUAGCUACUGCACUAGAAACAAUAGUAGCUGACGGAGUCAUGAGUGAGGAGUAUUACUCAAUGUCCAAAGGUCAUUGGCAGCAACAAGCAGGGUGUUUUCAAGUGUUUGAGUGUAAAUUCGGUCCAUCGACUAUAUCAAAAGAUCAGCAAGGGAUUGUACGAUCGUUUACAACCGGGAACACAUUCAAUUCAACAGUAGGGGAAUCUAGGCGGUUAUAUAUGGAUAUUAUGGAUGAAAGCUACAAGAGGACAAACGGACAUGAAAAUAACUUCUUCAAAGCUAUCAAAUGGUCUCCGGAUGGAGCUUGCCUGUUGUCAUCUACAAACGACAAUUGCCUCAGGAUAUUUCCACUCCCCGAUGCUGCCGCUGCUACUCCAGAAGAUACUCAGUUGACUUCGGAGUUGCUAAUAAAAGAAGGGGAAGUCGUUUAUGAUAUGUGUUGGUACCCAGGCAUGACUAGUUUGGACCCAAGUACUUGUUGUGUGCUAUCAUCCAGUCGUGAUCACCCUGUUCAUCUAUGGGAUGCUUAUACAGGAGAACUUCGAUGUUCGUAUACAAUAGUAGAUCACUGCGAAGUCAAUGUCGCGCCGAACGCGACUUGUUUCAACUUGGAUGGAUCAAAGAUCUAUUGCGGAUACAACAACAUGAUUCAAAUAUUUGACACGGCACGGCCGGGAAGAGAUAGCGUCAAAAGACCGACUGUACCAACACGAAAGAGUAAAGAGGGGCAAAAAGGGGUCAUCUCAUGCUUGGCGUUUAAUCCUGAUCAUUCGGACGUUUAUGCUGCAGGGUCGUACCUCAAAACCAUUGGGCUUUAUGAUGCUCGAGCGGAAGAAUUGAUCAUUCUCUUACGGGAUAAUCAUAAGAAGAAAGAGAAGCCUGGAUAUUUUCAUUCGUCACCAAUGGGGGGUGUGACUCAGGUUCGGUUCUCUCCAGAUGGCCAAUACCUGUACUCUGCAUCCCGUCAAGAUCCUUUAAUUCGAUGUUGGGAUACUCGAAAUACAGCCGAUGUGGUUUAUUGUCUAGAGCGGCCUGGGGAAUUAACGAAUCAACGAAUUAGCUUUGAUAUUUCGAGUGAUGGACGAUGGCUCACUACGGGGGAUAUGAAUGGCGAUAUAUCCAUAUUCGAUCUGCGGGGUUUAGAUAGGCCAAUGUCUAGUACUACAAAGAUUGCAACAACGACAACGACAACAAGAGGAAAAGCGGCAGAAAUGACAAGCGAUAUAAUAUUGACUAAUGCAGGCGAUGAAGAUGGGUAUGAUGGAGUAAACGAAGAAAACAAGAUUAAUGAUCGGUUGGUGUCCCGGCUACAUGUCCAUGACGAUGUGGUUUCUGCUGCAACAUUUCAUCCUAGUGGCGCUUUGUUGGCGACAUGUUCUGGACAACGUAAAUAUGAGUUGCUCUUCCAUUCUUUGGACUCUUCCUCGGAUGCUUCGGAUGUAGAGGAAGGAGGUGAAAGGGAGUUGGGCAACCAAAAGACUGAAAAGAAAGGUGUUGCUGCUCAAGAUUCAAAGGGUUCUGAGGGUCCUGGUACUCCUCCUGUUAAGACAGUAUCAUACAUCGAUAAUUCCAUUCGCCUCUGGACACUUCCUGGCGAUUAUGUAUGGUAUGUCGAUGGACAACGUUGGAGUGAGUCUACGUCCAUAUCAGCAAUGGAUGCAACUAUGCCUGUGUCGCCUUCACCUUCGUAUCCAGUGAGUCAAUGAAUGCCUGCGGACACGAGUUUAAAUUCAAAAACUGAAAUAUUAUCGAGCCCCUCAUCCGAUAGAUAAUGACAUUAACAAUUAAAAGUUAAUAUGUCAUGUUCACACGAGUGACAUGGAAGAAGAAUUGGAGCCUAG